UACAGCACAGCAACGAAGAGGAUGUACACCGAAACUCUGGCUCUCUUUUGCGCGAUAAUAUCUUGUUCACUGACAGAAAAGUCUCCAAAUGUUUCUUCCCCAAACAUUAUCAUCAUGCUCAUGGAUGACAUGGGCUGGGGGGACUUGGGGGUGUUUGGCCAGCCCUCUAAAGAGACCCCCAACCUGGAUGCCAUGGCCGCCCAGGGCAUGCUGCUUCCAAAUUUCUACACCGCCAACCCACUCUGUUCUCCAUCCAGAGCUGCACUUCUCACCGGGAGGCUACCUGUCAGAAACGGUUUCUACACCACUAAUGGCCACGCCAGAAACGCAUACACACCGCAGGAGAUAGUGGGAGGAAUCUCCCAGGAUGAGAUUUUGUUACCCCAGAUGCUGAAGAAAAGGGGCUAUGUCAGCAAGAUAGUUGGCAAGUGGCAUCUGGGCCACAUGCCGAAGUACCUGCCUCUGAAGAAUGGUUUUGAUGAAUGGUUUGGUGCGCCAAACUGCCACUUUGGCCCCUACAACAGCAGCAUCAGACCCAACAUCCCUGUCUACAACAACUCUGAGAUGGCUGGCAGAUACUAUGAGGAGUUUAUGAUUGACAGGAAGACUGGAGAGUCCAACCUCACACAGAUCUACUUGAUGGAAGGCCUUGACUUCAUACACCGCCAGACUGAGGCCCAGCGGCCCUUCUUCCUCUACUGGGCAGCCGACGCCACUCAUGGACCCGUCUAUGCCUCCAAACAGUUCCUAGGGAAGAGCCAGCGAGGCCGGUAUGGUGAUGCUGUGAUGGAAUUGGACUUCAGCGUCGGUCAGAUCUUGUCACGCCUGCAGAGUCUGGGCAUAGAAAAGAAUACAUUUGUCUUCUUCACCUCAGACAACGGAGCUGCUUUAGUUUCAGGCCCAGGCAACAGUGGCAGCAACGGGCCCUUCCUCUGCGGGAAAGAGACCACUUUUGAAGGGGGCAUGAGGGAGCCUGCCAUUGCUUGGUGGCCUGGACACAUCAAAGAGGGCACGGUGAAUUUCCAGUUGGCCAAUGUGAUGGACCUGUUCACCACCAGUCUGGCUCUGGCCGGCAUCAGCCCUCCUGAUGACAGAACCCUCGAUGGACUGGACCUGACGCCAGUUCUCCUGAAGAACUCGGACAAAAUCCAAAACAGGCCAAUCUUCUAUUACCGUGGGAAUGAGCUGAUGGCUGUGAGGGUUGGACAAUACAAAGCGCACUACUGGACCUGGAGCAACUCCUUGGAGGAGUUCAAAAGCGGCAUCAACUUCUGUCCAGGUCAAGAAGUCCCGGGCGUGACUACUCACGAGCAGAAAGAUCACACAAUGCAGCCAAUCAUUUUCCACCUGGGAAAGGAUCCUGGGGAAAAGUUCCCAAUCAGUGCUUUGACUAAGGAGUACCAGGAUGCAUUGAGCAGGAUCUCUCCAGUUGUGGAGCAGCAUAAGGAGUCUCUGGUGCCCGGUAUUCCCCAGCUCAACAUGUGUGAUUUGGCCGUAAUGAACUGGGCCCCCGCCGGCUGUGAGAAGUUGGGAAAGUGUCUCAAAGCGCCAAAGUCUGAGCCCUGGAAGUGUCACUGGCCGCACUGACUGUAAACAAUGAGGAAGCAAAACAUGAAGAUGUGCCUUUCUACAGAACAACACAUGUUUUUGAAUGUUGAAGAGAAAGAUAGCAGUGGUGUAAAACCAAGGGAAUUAUGCAAGUACCUUUUACAGAUAGGAUUUUAAUGAGCCAACACAACUUCUACCUGCUCUGAAAAUAGCGCUGCAUCAGGAGCUCAUGUUGGUGAUGCAGAGCAGAUAGGGAAAUGCAUUCGUUUUGAUCAUGCCUAAAGUAUACAAGUAUACUGUACCAUGCUGGAUUAUGGGAUUACUUCUGUCUCCUUUUUACAUGCAUACUGCAAAACGUUUGUUUCUUAAUAAAAAGUUUUAUUACAAACUU